CUUUUUGUACCCCGAUCUCGUUAAGCUGUGGAGCCUGUUAGGUGUUGCUGAUCAGAACAUCGACGCGCGAAAUCAGCUGGUAUAUCAUGUAUGUGUUCCGAUUCGGAUUUUGACAGAUCAUGGCUCCAUGAGGCAUACCAUAAUGUGGUGUCCUGAUACGGCACGUAAGUGGCAUUUUUAGGUUCCCGGAUUAAAUUUCAUUUUGCCUUUACACCUAGCUACAUAGUAGACUAGACUGCCGUCAUGACAGCUGUGCAACACCGUGUUUUCUUGAAACGCCUGAACUGCGAUCCCCCCAAGUCUUUCACCACUAUAAAGACCUAAAAUGUUAUCUGGCUUUUCACUCGUGCCUCCUCUUGUUCCGUCCUGCAUAUAACUCACCCCGACACUCUCGACACGAGCCCAACGAGUUCCAUGGCUCCUACUGCAACAUACACUGGCACUUAUUCUGACUUCGAGACUGCAAGCUUUAUUUUACCUGAUCUCAUCGGCGAUUGCCACUAUCCCCUGAGACUGAACCCUGACUGUCAUCCGGUGUCUCGCGCUUCUGAGCAAUGGCUUCUUCACGGAGCAUGUCUCGCAGAGCCCAGAAUCACAAAAUUUAUGGGAUUGCACGCAGGUGAACUCACUGCGGCUUGCUAUCCAGAUGCAGAUGCAUUUCAUCUUCGAGUCUGCUCGGAUUUCAUGAACUGGUUGUUUAAUAUGGAUGACUGGCUGGAUGAGUUUGAUGUAGACGGUACAUGGGGAAUGCGUGAAUGCUGCAUUUCUGCGUUUCGCGAUCCCAUCAACUCCCAAACGGAAAAAAUCGGUGGAAAAAUGUGCAAAUCGUACUUCAGCCGCUUUAGGCAGACUGGGGGCCCCGGCUGCACUGAACGAUUUAUCCACACAAUGGAUCUGUUCUUCAUUGCUGUGGCUAAGCAGGCGGACGACCGUGCCAAGGGACAUGUCCCCGAUCUUGAAUCUUACAUCACCUUGAGGCGAGACACGAGCGGCUGCAAGCCUUGCUUUGCCCUCAUCGAAUAUGCAGCUCGGAUUGAUCUCCCCGAUGAAGUAAUGUCGCAUCCAGUUAUCAUGGCCAUAGAGGAGGCCACCAACGACCUUGUUACUUGGUCUAACGAUAUUUUCUCUUACAACGUUGAACAGUCUUGCCAUGACACGCACAACAUGAUUGUUGUGCUCAUGCAUGAACAAGAACUGAACCUGCAAGGCGCUGUCGACUACCUUGGCCGGCUGUGCAAGGGUUCUGUCCAGCGCUUUGAAGACAACCGUGCUAUCCUCCCCUCGUGGGGAGAAGAGCUUGACAGACAGGUGGCUAUCUAUAUCGAAGGGCUGCAGAACUGGAUUGUUGGUUCGUUGCACUGGUCCUUUGAUUCCACCCGUUAUUUCGGGAAGGACGGGCAUGCUAUCAAGCAGGACCGAAUCAUCAAGUUGCUACCCAAAAGGCCCUUGUAG